AUGGGCUGCAAGUUGUCUCAGUUGGCGGCGUCAGAGUUAAACAACGACCCUUUCGACCGUCCGCCACCACCAGCCGAUCCACGGUCACCGUUAACAGCGAAACAACAAUACUGCAUGUUGGCAUCUUGGAAGGGAAUAUUCCGACAAAUCGAGAAAACUGGCAUCAUUCUCUUCGUCAAAUUGUUUCAAGAAAAUGAAGAUCUUCUUCACCUCUUUGAAGACUUUCGCCAUUUGCGCACAAUCGAAGCGCAAGUUAGUUCUGCUGAGUUAGCUGAGCAUGCGACUAAGGUCAUGCACACCCUGGAUGAGGGGAUCAAAGGUCUUAACGAUAUGGAUGCUUUCUUCGCUUACGUGAGACACGUAGGUGGGACUCACAGGCAAGUGCCGGGCUUUGUCGCUGAGAACUUCAUGAAAAUCGAGCAACCAUUCUUAGAAGCCGCUAAGACAACGUUAGGCGAUCGAUACACACCCAACAUAGAAAACAUUUACAAAAUCACAAUAAGAUUCAUCUUAGAGAACCUAGUAAAGGGUUACGAGGAGGCUGGGAAGGAUAAAGAAAACGGAACGAGUCAGACUUGA